AUGCGGAUCCCGGAGUGUUUAUUAGGGCAGCCAGGUUCAAGUUUCGACUAUUUAUCCCUAGUGGCAGUGCCGGAGGCGGCGUCUCUUCCCUCACUACCCCCAUUCCUCGCUUCCUGUGUACAAGGCGUCUCUUCCCUCACUACCCCCAUUCCUCGCUUCCUGUGUACAAGGCGUCUCUUCCCUCACUACCCCCAUUCCUCGCUUCCUGUAUACAAGGCUUCCUCUUCCCUCACUACCCCCAUUCCUCGCUUCCUGUGUACAAGGCGUCUCUUCCCUCACUACCCUCACUCCUCGCUUCCUGUGUACAAGGCGUCUCUUCCCUCACUACCCCCGUUCCUCGCUGCCUGUGUACAAGGCGUCUCUUCCCUCACUUCCCCCAUUCCUCGCUUCCUGUGUACAAAGCGUCCUCUUCCCUCACUACCCUCAUUCCUCGCUUCCUGUGUACAAGGCGUCUCUUCCCUCACUACCCUCUCUUCUCGCUUCCUGUAUACAAGGAGUCUCUUCCCUCAAUACCCCCAUUCCUCGCUUCCUGUGUACAAGGCGUCUCUUCCCUCACUACCCCCAUUCCUCGCUGCCUGUGUACAAGGCGUCCUCUUCCCUCACUACCCUCAUUCCUCGCUUCCUGUGUAUAAGGCGUCCUCUUCCAUCACUACCCUCAUUCCUCGCUUCCUGUGUACAAGGCGUCCUCUUACCUCACUACCCCCAUUCCUCGCUUCCUGUGUACAAGGCGCAUCUUCCCUCACUACACCCAUUCCUCGCUUCCUGUGUACAAGGCGUCCUCUUCCCUCACUACCCCCAUUCCUCGCUUCCUGUGUACAAGGCGUCUCUUCCCUCACUAUCCUCAUUCUUCGCUUCCUGUGUACAAGGCGCAUCUUCCCUCACUACCCCCAUUCCUCGCUUCCUGUGUACAAGGCGUCCUCUUCUUUCAAUACCCCCAUUCCUCGCUUCCUGUGUACAAGGCGUCCUCUUUCCUCACUACCCUCAUUCCUCGCUUCCUGUGUACCAGGCGUCAUCUUCCCUCACUACCCUCAUUCCUCGCUUCCUGUGUACAAGGCGUCCUCUUCCCUCACUACCCUCUCUCCUCGCUUCCUGUGUAGAAGGCGUCCUCUUCCCUCACUACCCUCAUUCCUCGCUUCCUUUGUACCAGGCGUCAUCUUCCCUCACUACCCCCAUUCCUCGCUUCCUGUGUACAAGGCGCCCUCUUCCCUCACUACCCUAUCUCCUCGCUUCCUGUGUAUAAGGCGUCCUCUUCCCUCACUACCCCCAUUCCUCGCUUCCUGUGUACAAGGCGUCCUCUUCCCUCACUAA